AUGGAAUCACCAGUGUACAUAUUUCGUGAAGAGCUGGGUCCCACCUGCCCCCCAGGCUUUUGCCCUUUUCCAAGCAGGACCAGCCACAGCUGGCUUGCAGGCUGGGAAGAAUAUGGCAACAGCAGUAAUGGUGGAUAUGAGGACUUGCAGCAGAAUCAGACCAAUAUCUCCCCAGCUAUUCCGAUCAUCAUCACAGCAGUAUACUCUAUGGUCUUUGUGGUGGGCCUGGUGGGCAACUCUCUGGUUAUGUUUGUCAUCAUAAGGUACACAAAGAUGAAGACCGCAACGAACAUUUAUAUCUUUAAUUUGGCUCUGGCAGAUGCUCUUGUCACCACAACUAUGCCUUUUCAAAGUACUGAGUAUUUAAUGAACACUUGGCCCUUUGGGGAUGUGCUGUGUAAAAUAGUCAUUUCAAUUGACUACUAUAACAUGUUUACAAGCAUAUUCACCCUGACCAUGAUGAGUGUAGAUCGCUACAUUGCUGUGUGUCACCCAGUGAAGGCCCUGGACUUUCGUACUCCUCUGAAGGCCAAGAUCAUCAAUAUAUGCAUCUGGGUUUUAUCUUCUUCCGUAGGCAUUUCAGCCAUAGUUCUUGGAGGUACCAAGGUCAGGGAAGAUACAGGCAGCACUGAGUGUUCUCUUCAGUUUCCAGAUGAUGACUAUAUCUGGUGGGACAUCUUUAUGAAAAUCUGUGUCUUUGUCUUUGCCUUUAUUAUCCCAGUCCUAAUUAUUAUAGUUUGUUACACUCUAAUGAUCCUGCGCUUGAAAAGUGUGCGGCUCCUGUCUGGAUCACGAGAAAAAGAUCGAAACCUCCGCCGUAUCACCAGAUUGGUUCUUGUUGUAGUUGCCGUUUUCAUUAUCUGUUGGACCCCCAUCCACAUUUUUGUGUUAGUUGAGGCUCUUGGAGAUGUCUCACACAGCACUGCAGCCAUUUCCAGCUACUAUUUCUGCAUUGCAUUGGGCUACACCAACAGCAGUCUAAAUCCCAUUCUAUAUGCUUUUUUGGAUGAAAACUUCAAGCGUUGUUUCAAAGAUUUCUGCUUUCCUUUUAAAAUGAAGGUGGACAGACAAAAUAUCAGCAGAGUUAGAAACACAAUUCAUAAUCCUGCUCAUGCUGGAAACGCUGAUGGUGCAAACAAGCCAGCAUGA